UCUUGAAUAUGUAUCAGCGGAAGGAUUACGGCUCAAAUUAUCAAAGCAGCGAGAAUAUUUAAGGAUUCAACAGGCGUUACCCUCGUACCCAGUAAAGGUCUUCUCUGUCAUGAUCAUUUGAGUCGCAGUCUCUGGCGGAUAACUGCUCAACUGCCGAUUCUAUCAGAUGGACUAGCCUACUACAAAAAGAAUUCCGUCUACUAUCACCUUCUCAUUCGUAGAGCGGGAGUGAGACAGGCUUGACAUCGCAUCGUUUUGUUUGACAUUCACAUUAUAACCAACUUGAACUUUCAUUGAUUGAAAGACGACCAUGAAAAUUGUCCAAACUUUGUUUUUUUUCACGGCGUUCAUUACAAAUUCAUAUACAGGCGACUUCUGUUACGAUGAAGAACACUGUAACCCAUAUUCCUGGGGAGAUACGUUUCCUUCCUGCCACCCCAUUAUUGGCGAGCAUCACUCUCCAAUCAACCUGGACCAUCAGAUGAGCAGAAAUCUGUCCCUGGAAGCACUGAAGCUGGAGGGCUUUGGCACGGCACAGACGGGGGAAUGGACCCUGAAGAACAACGGCCACUCUGUUGUGCUGCAGGUGGGGUUGGGGAUGGAGGUGAGAGGUGGAGGCCUGCCUGCAGAUUACACCACUCUACAGCUGCACUUCCACUGGGGCAGUAAUUCCACCAACGGGGCUGAGCACACCGUCAACGGCAGGAGAUACCCCAUGGAGAUGCACAUUGUCAACAUGAAGACAGUACAUUAUCCCAACCUCACAGCAGCAAUGGAGGACCCCACGGGCAUCGCUGUACUGGGAGUCUUCAUCGAUGUGGCAGAGGCACGGUUGAGUGACAGUUUCAGCCUCCUCUCCAAUUUAGUUCCUGCAGUGGCCUAUAAAGGGAAAACUGUGAGAGUCAAGCCUUUUCCGCUGAGUAGCCUCCUGCCCAUGAACAACAUGUCCCAGUAUUACCGUUACCAUGGCAGCCUCACCACCCCUCCGUGUUCCAAAGCUGUUGUGUGGACCGUUUAUGAAGUUCCUAUAUACAUCUCCUAUAAACAGCUGAGUCAGUUUGUCUCCGGGGUGUACCACUCAGAGGAAGGCGCCCACCCCAGCGCUCUCCUGUACAACAACUUCCGGCACAUUCACGACACCUUCAGCCGCAAGGUCUAUGCAUCAACAGACGCCACCCUGCUCUCUAGCGCCAACCUGACGGUCCACAGCCUGCUGCUCUGUCUGGCUUCUGUCCUGAGCGCGGGACUGCCCUGAGAGUCUUCUCACAACGUUCUUAAAACAUCCCUACAAUGUCCCCACAACUCCUCUCUAACAUUCCCACAACAUCCCCUGGAGUAUCCUCACAAUGUUCCCUCAAUGUUCUUGCAACGUGCAAACAUCCCAGCAACAACCAUUCCCAGCGGUCUCCACGACGACGACGUGUCGUAGUGAGGGGCUUUAUAAUCGUACUGUACACAGAGAGAAGCAAGACAUGAUGGAUGAAUCUUCAAUAGUCUGUAUUUAUUUUAUAUUUAUCUGGACUACUUGAACUAUUAUUGCCAUGCCUGUAACUGUACUGAAUGAUCUUUUUGUUUUUAUAAAAUUAUAUAUAUAUUUUGUUUCCUCUUGAGAUAAUCAAUGGUCAUCACAUCGACUUUGCUUUAAGUGUCAUUUUAUUUCUCUCUGAAAUCAUAAACUAGUGAGAAAGCCAUAAUGUACGGACAGAAUGUUCAACCUUGGUCCUGGGUUUCAUCAUUACUCAGCACUUAUUUGAUCCAUUAAAGCAUUUGAUUACA